AUGGCUUCACAAGCCCCCAUGGUGAUUUCCAACAGUGGCAAUAAGAAAGUCUCUCAAUGGCAGGACCUAGGACCUGCCCAAUCUGCACUAAAGGAGGCCCAGCCCCAGCAUCUGGCUCCAGAUGGGUACCUUGAGAAGCCCCAGGAGAGAAGUAACCUUCUGCAGAAGCUGGGAGUCUUUCACAUCGUUAUUGCUUUUGCACACCUGGCCUUCGGCGGUUACCUGGUCUCCACAGUUAAGAAUCUUCACUUGGUGGUGUUGAAGUGCUGGUAUCCAGUCUGGGGAGCUGUCUCUUUUCUCAUCUCAGGAAUCUCGGCCAUGGCAACAGUGACAUUUCCCAAGACCUCCCUGAAGGUUCUGUGUGUGACAGUAAAUGUCAUCAGCUUCUUCUGUACACUGGCCGGCCUCUUUGUCAUGUCCAAGGACCUCUUUCUGGAGAGCCCUUUUCUAUGGCCGAUCUGGAGACCAUACCCCAACAACACAGUCUAUAUCCAGAGACUGGAGCUGGCCCUGCUCUGCUGUACCUUCCUGGAGAUCUUCCUGACAGGGCCCACAGCCAUCACAGCCUGUAAGACAGAGCGCCUGCACACAGAGGAUGACAUCCCUCUUGUUCCUGACACACCUGUGGAACUUGAAGGUCUUUCAAUGGAACCACCAUCCUAUGAAGUUGUGACUCAAGUCCCAGAUACCUCAGAGUCUGACUCAGCUGGCCAGAGCCUCCUCUGCUGA